CGGUCCUGCCCAUCAGCAGGUUGUUGGCGAGGGCUGGGCUGCCUCGAGGACGAGAAGGAGGCUGCCGCCGCCGCCGCCGCCGCCGCUUUUGCAAGCAGGAGCGCCGCAGGAGGGCGACUGAUCGCGACCCGCGUGUGCGCGUCCCUCCCCGCCGCAGCCCAGGGGGAGGGGAGAAAGGAGAUGAGCCUCGUAUUGUUUCCCUCGUAAGCCAGUCCGCCCGGGCUAUGGGCUCCUCGCCUUUGUUCCCCGCGUGAGCGCAACCAGCUCCAGCCAAAGGCAAACGGAGGAGCCCGCCUCCUCCUCCUCCUCUUCGGGGAGCAACAUGGACGUGACCAUUUCCGAACUCAUGGAGCUCUUUCUGCAGAGCCCCUUGGUGACCUGGGUGAAAACGUUUGGACCAUUAGGGAACGAUAAUGAAGACAAGCUCGCCAUGUAUAUGGACCUUGCAGAUGGAGUCUUCCUGAACAAAAUAAUGCUGCAAGUAGAUCCGCGACCCACAAACCAGCGUGUCAACAAACAUGUCAACAACGAUGUCAACCUACGGAUUCAAAACCUCACCAUCUUAGUCAGAAACAUCAAGACCUAUUAUCAGGAGGUCCUCCAGCAACUGAUCAUUAUGAAUUUGCCAAACGUCUUGAUAGUUGGCAAAGAUCCUCUGUCUGGGAAAAGUAUGGAUGAAAUUAAAAAGCUACUUCUGCUAGUUUUGGGUUGUGCUGUGCAGUGUGAAAGAAAAGAAGAAUUCAUUGAAAGGAUAAAGCAACUAGAUAUUGAAACUCAGGCUGCAAUAGUUUCUCAUAUUCAAGAGGUAACCCAUAACCAGGAGAAUGUAUUUGACUUGCAGUGGCUAGAGCUCCCAGAUAUGGCUCCAGAAGAACUCGAGUCUCUUUCCAGAAAUAUGGUUUUCCAUCUCAAGAGGCUGAUCGAUGAGAGAGAUGAGUGCACAGAGCUCAUUGUGGAUCUCACUCAGGAGAGAGAUUACCUGCAAUCCCAACAGCCGCCCAGCCCUUUAAAAACUUCCAGCCCAGCCUCUUCGCCAAACCCAGCCAGCCGCCUCUCCAAUGAGGACAAACAGCAUCUGUCUGUGGAGCUGGCAGACACAAAGGCUAAACUAAGGAGGAUCAGGCAGGAGCUGGAAGAAAAAUCAGAGCAACUUGUUGACACUAGACAUGAAGUAGAUCAGCUGGUCAUGGAACUGCAGAAAAUAAAGCAAGAGAACAUUAACCUCAUGGCAGAUGCCCGCUCUGCUCGGGCCUAUAGAGAUGAACUGGAUUCCUUAAGAGAAAAAGCAAACAGAGUGGAGAGGCUUGAAAUGGAGCUGGUCCGGUGUAAAGAGAAACUGCACGAUGUGGAUUUCUACAAAGCACGGAUGGAGGAGCUUAGAGAAGACAACAUCAUAUUAAUGGAAACAAAGACAAUGCUGGAAGAGCAGCUGAUGAUAGCAAGAGCUCGUGGUGAUAAAUUGCAUGAAGCUGAAAAGGAAAACUUGCAGCUGAAAUCCAAGCUUCAUGACAUAGAGCUGGACAGGGAUACGGACAAGAAGAGAAUUGAGGAGCUGCUGGAAGAGAAUAUGGUGCUGGAAAUUGCACAGAAGCAAAGCAUGAACGAGUCUGCCCACCUGGGCAGGGAACUGGAGCAGCUGUCAAAGAGCACAGAUCUCUCUGAUACAAGGAAGUCUUUUGUCUUUGAACUGAACGAAUGUGCAUCAAGUCGCAUCUUGAAGCUCGAAAAGGAUAACCAGAGUCUGCAAAAUAUUAUCCAAGAGCUCAGGGAUGCAUCGGUAACCUCUGAAGAGAGUAGCCUUAAAUUUGUGGAGCUACAAAAUGAGAAUCAGCAGCUUGGCCAAAAGAUUGAAAAGCUGCAGAACCAGAUUGAACGGGAGAAGCAAAGUAAUCAAGACUUGGAAGCUUUAAGCGAGGAGCUGCUAAAGGAGAAGGGACAGCUUCAGGGCAAGAUGGAGACCUUGAAAGCUGACAAAGAGAGACAGAUAAAAGACCUAGAAAAGGAAACAGACCAUCUCAACCAAGUGGUUUUGUCCCUGAGGCAGAGGUCUCAGGUCAGUAGUGAGGCCAGGGUGAAAGACAUUGAAGUGGAAAACAAAGUACUCCAUGAAACGGUUACAGAGACCAGCAGCAAGCUCAGCAAGCUGGAGUUUGAGAAGAAGCAACUGCAGAAGGACUUUGAGCAGGUUAAAGAAAAGGUGGAAAGAGUAGAGGAAAUGGACAAGGAGCUUCAUCGACUAGAGAGGGAGAACGAGCAGCUCACAAAGAAAGUUGCUGCCAUGAAGAUCACUACGGAGAAAGUAGAGGUUCUUGAGGAACAAAAUGGGAACUUGGAAGUGGAGAACAGGAAGCUGAAAAAAUCCCUGGACACCUUGCACAAUGUUUCUGUCCGGCUAGAAAGCCUAGAAAAGGACAACAAGGAGCUAGAUGAAGAGAACCUGGAACUCAGGAGAAUGGUGGAGACAAUGAAGUUUGCCAGCUCAAAAAUGGCCCAGAUAGAAGCAGAAAAUAAAGAGCUAGAAAGAGAAAAAGAAGAGCUUAGGAAAAACGUAGAGAUGUUAAAGAUUCUGAUCAAGAAAUCAGAACGGCUGGAGCUGAGUUACCAGAGUGUGAAUGCUGAGAACCAAAGACUCCAGCAGAUUAUAGAGAACAGCAGCAAGAAAAUCCAGCAAUUGGAGAAGGAACUGGAAGGCACUGGAAGUGAGAACCAAACCCUCCAGAAAAAUUUAGAGGAGCUGAAGAUCUCAAAUAAGCGGUUGGAGUGGCUGGAGAAGGAGAAGAAACUGUUGGAGCAAGAAGUGUCCCAGCUGGAUAAAGACAAGAAGAUACUGGAGAAGGAGACAAAAAGACUUUGGCAGCAGGUGGAGCUGAAAGAUGCUAAUUUGGACGAGAACACUGCAGAAUUGGCAGCAAUGGAGAAGGAAAAGAGAACACUAGAAAGAGAACUAGCUAGGUCCAGAGACUUGUCUCAUAAGAUGAAAGAAUUUGAAAAGGACAAUAAAGAUCUCCUAAAGCAACUUGCCAUUGACAAGAGAACACUAGCUACAUUGAGAGAGGAUUUGGUUCUUGAGAAGUUGAAGAGCCAGAGAUUGUCUAGUGAGAUGGACAAGUUGGACCAGGAACUGGAGAAGAUUGGAUUAAAUAAGGAGCUGCUCCUAGAGACUGAUAAUGGCAACAAUGACAAGAAGUAUAAGAUACUGGAAAGCAAAACUGAAUGUGACCUAAAGACAACACUAUGUGAUAAAGAAGAGAAAAUUGCUGUAUUGGAGGCCCAGCUGCAAGAGUUUCUCACCUUGAAUCAGCAGUUACAGAAUGAACUAAACACCAUGAGGAGGGAAUUUGAAGGGGUCAAGCAGAAGCAAGAGGAUGGAAUCCUUCUGCAGAAUUCACUGAAGCAGCCCAAUGAAAAUUUGGUUUCCUGUCAUCAGACAAAGGAAAAGUGGGAAAAGGGACACAAAGAAGCAACAAUGGAGCUUCUGAAAGUAAAAGACAGAGCUAUAGAAUUGGAGAGAAAUAAUGCAGCCUUACAUGCAGAGAAGCAGCUUCUGAAGGAGCAGCUAAGACAUUUGGAAACCCAGAACACCUCCUUCAACAAUCAGAUCCUGACACUACAGAAGCAAAAUGCCUUCCUUCAAGAGCACAACACUUCCAUGCAAACACAAACAGCCAAGCUCCAGGUGGAGAACUCAGCCCUAAAUUCCCAGAGUGCCUCCUUGAUGGCCCAAAACACUCUACUCCAAAACCAGCAGCUGACCAAGGAGAACGAAUGUGACAAUCUGUUGAAGCAGAAAGAUCAGCUCAAGGCAGAAUACGAGUCCCUCCUGCAAGACCACGAGCACCUGGCCUCGCUGCAUGAGCGGCAGUCGACAGAAUAUGAAAUGCUGAUAAAACAGCACAGCUGCCUCAAAGCGCUCCACAAAAACUUGGAUCUGGAGCACAAAGAUCUGGGAGAAAGAUAUAACGGCUUGAUACAACACAAAUCCAAACUGGAGGAGCUGGAAAUGGUUUUGAAAACAGAAAAAGAUGUUCUGCAGCAGGAAAAGAGAGCAAGUGCACUAGUGACCGCGGAGAACCAGAAACUGAGAGAAGAGCUGGAAAGGGUUAAUUUCUUGCACAGCAAGCUCAAAGCAGAAUACGAGGGCCUUCAUGUCCACACCAAGGAACUGAAAACCUCCUUGAAUAGCUCCCAGCUACAGCUGAACCACUGUCAAGCUCGCUAUGAUGAGCUGAAGGAGCAGUACCAGACCAUGGACAUUUCCUUGACUAAAUUGGACAACCACUGUGAGCUUCUGGCUCGCCUAAAAGGAAACUUGGAAGAAGAGAAUCAUCAUCUCCUGAGUCAGAUCCAAAUGCUGAGUCAACAGAACCAAAUGUUGUUGGAGCAGAACAUGGAGAACAAGGAACAGUAUCAUGAGGAACAGAAGCAAUAUAUUGACAAACUGAAUGCAUUAAGGCGACACAAAGAAAAACUGGAGGAGAAAAUAAUGGAUCAGUAUAAGUUUUAUGAUCCGGCUCCAAAAAAGAAAAACCACUGGAUAGGAGCUAGAGCCUUGGUUAAACUCAUGAAGCCAAAGAAAGAAGCUACAAGAGAACGGUUGAAAUCCUCAGUCGAGAGCCCUCCAUGGCACUCAGAAAGCACAGACACAGCCGGGUCACCAUCGCCUUCACAGCUGCCCAAGCAGCAGGAGAAUCUGGAGAGCACCUCCCCAGAGUCUGGCUCAGUGGAAGGCAGAGAGCAGAAUAAUGGACCUGUGGGGAAAGUGGAUUCAAAACCGAAGAGAAAUUCUCAUUAUGGAGGCAGCAGUGACCACAUUGAAAGUGCAACGGACUCUGCUCUUAAGCAGUGCUACGUGGAGCCGAGUUCCAGGACUUACUCUGCCUCGGCCGCCUACCUGGCUGCUCCUGGUUCUACCUCCACCUCCAGACAACAAAACAGACCCAGAGGCCAUAAUUCAGAGGGUGACCUGUAUGAAAACUUCCUUGAGGUAGAGCUUUCAAGCAGGCAGCACAUAUCAAGGCCGAAUAGCUUAGAGAACAGUGAAAAUGCAUCCUCCAGCAGCUCCCCUCUGAACUUCAAAGGUUCUUUUGACCGUAUUCAUGGCAGAUCAGAGAGUCUCAGUAGUGAAGACACGGUGCUGACUAAAGACACACCUGGCUCACCUAGAGACGGCCUUUUUUGUCCUACCUCUUCUGCUCCUGGGGGCUCAAACACUAAGCACAAUGCCUCCCUUACCAGGAACUCUGCGUUUUCAUAUGAUAUAUCUCAGAAAAGUAACCCAGCCCAUGCACAGUCUGCUAGGCAUCGACCUGCUUCUCCAGGCAGCGAGUUGGUGACUUUGGAAGAAUUCCUGAAAGAAAGCCACAGAUCAACACCACUUAAUGACGCAUCCAGCAGAGAUGACUUCCUGAGUGACUAUUUCAGAAAAGCAAAUGAGCCUCCAUCUAUUGGAAGUCAACUUUCUCAGGCAAAUAGGAAGGAGGCAGCCAAGAUGCCCACCAUCUACGUCACACCAACCGUAAAGAUGUCUGGUGCUAAUGAAGACGGAAGGCUGGCCAAGCCAGGCCACUAUGUCAAACCAAACCUUCGUCCAACAGAAUCUGAGUUUGCAGCAAACUCCAACAAUUCCUGCAAGCUCCCUCCUGCAUCUCAAAGGGGAUCGAGGCAGGUGGCACAGUCUUCUCAGCAGGGCAGUAACAUGAGCAAGCAGAGCGCAUCGUUGAACCGUGCGUUUAGCUUGGCUUCCGCAGACCUCCUCAGAGCCACUGGUCCAGAGGCAUACAGACGCUACGACAGCCUUCCGAAGCCUGGGACUGCCGAUCUCCAGCUGGGCAAGGACUCAGAUAUCCAGACCUCUCCACUUCCUUUAGCGGGAGGCUCCCAGGUCUUGCUGAGAGAGAGGCCGCAGUCUGCAAAGGUGGCGGGUUCUCUGCAGAGCGUUAAUUCUCGCUGUCGGCAGCUUGACGUCAGGCGGCUCUCUCUUGCGCCUCCAAAAGAUGAGAAGUCACUCUUGUUCCCCCCGUUUUCUUCCUCCCCAACCACUUCCAAGGAUGACCUGAACUCUCAGCCACAGGAGCAAGCCAAGCCAGGUUUGGAGCAGCACUGCUCCCCUCCACAAUAUGCUGCUUCUAAGAUCAAAUCCAAGCCGGUGCUGCGGUCUGGGGAAGUGGCCACAGUGACUCCUGUCAGAAUUGUCUCCGGCAGCACGGAAGGGAGCAGCCCCCAGGGGCCAAGCCCGAGUGAGGCCUCUCUUACCAAAGGUCGAUACCCAGAAAAUAAAAUUCCAGCAGGAGGCACUGAAGAAGCAAACAGAGGGGGCAGCUCCAAGAACCCUCCAUCGUCACCAGAUUCUCAUGCUGAUCAGCAGACUGUUUGGUAUGAAUAUGGCUGUGUGUGAUGCCCUUACCUUCCUCCCCUCACCCCCAAAAAGAGAUGUACAAUAUGUGCUUCACUACUGAAAAUUUGGUGGCGUCAGGAGUGAUGGUGUCUCUAAAUUCAGAGCUACCUGCCAGAUGUCUUAACUCUCUUUUAGAUGCUAACGUACAGCCUUGCUUGGCCUGACGCCUUCCAGGUGUUUUGGACUACCGGCUCCCAUCAUUCCUUGCCAGCCUCAGUGGCCAGGGAUGAUGGGAUUUGUAAUCCAAAAUAAUCUGGAGGACACUGGGUUGGGGAAAGCGAGUGUAAUGGAACGAAAUGCAUUGGUGUACCCUCGAGGUGAAAGAUUGAAUUGCCAAAUGCAGCUGCUGCUCUUGUGCCUAGAUGUGGACAGAUCAAGUGUCUCCAUUUCUUCCUGCUCUCCCUCAAACCCAGAAAUUAAGCUGAACUCCUGGAAGCACAGAGUGCUUGCAGUUUUGCUUCCCUUUAACUCUCCUGCUGGCCUUGUUGCUCUUCAUUAAUUGGAAAACUGCAUAUGUGUGUGUCUUUGCCUACUGAGUUCAAGCCUUAAUAAAACGUCACCCGAUAAAACAGGCACCUCCCUCCUAUUUUAAAAUGGCAGGCAAUUUUUACUAAGCUGUAAGUCUCUUAUUGGGUCUGGGUUGGAGCAGGUGCUGUUUUAAAAACGAGGUGACUAAAACGUAGAGGUCUCUGUCUCAACCCUUCCCUCUGAUGGCUGUCACAGUACAUUGGGAGGCCUGUUCAAUGUCCUGGGGUUGUGUGUUGUUGUUUUUACUGUACCUGCUUUGUGGUGCAGCGGAGGUGCUGCCUUUUUUUAUAUAUGGCUAACGUUUUCUGAAAAACACUGGAACGGAUGCACUGUUCUUGUGGGGUAAUGCCUCCUUUAAACAGUGACUCCAUGCACUAGACUGAUGUGUUCACUACUGCAAAUGUUAUAUUUCUGUGUGGAUCUGCUGGGAGCCACUGGGAAAUGAACAGAUACUGCAAUUCUGCUUUCCUCCUAAUGUGUACAGUUGCUUGUAUCGUAAAUGAUACGUAGCAGAUUUUUUCAAUGACUUUAUGACUGCUGCAAUCUAUUUUUUUCCACCGGAGCCAGUCAUUUUAAGUAGUUGAUAUUUUUCAGGCCCAGAUUCUAACACUGUUAACUGGAACUGUGUAGAAACCAAAACACAUUUCUAUGCACAUGAAAUAAAUGCUUUUUUUAUUAAAUCAUAUUUAUGCCCAGCUGAAAGACUUUUACAUUUCGGGAGCUUCAUUGAGUGCUUAUGUAUAUCUUGAGUGUUUUGUGUGUUUCUGCUGUUUUUCUUGUAAAGAUGCUUCCCCUCCCCCUCUGUGUGUGACAGAUUACCUUACAACAGAAUUGUAAAAGUUCUCCUGAUUUGUGAUUUACUAUAGUGAGAGAACACACAAAUCUGUAACAAUUGCACAUAACUGGUGAUUAGUGUGUAGCGGAUCAUAUUGUAAGAAGAGUGAGAUUGUUUAUAAUAAAGCUUUUUUUAAAUACA